AUGUCGAAUUUGUGUUGUUAUCCACCAAAUGAACCCGAAUGCGCUAUCGAUGAUUCUGCAGUAGUUGAAGAAUCAAUCGGAAAAGUUGAAGAAGUUCCCCCAGGAACCAAGAAAAUCUUCGAAGUUCGAGGAAGGAAAAUUCUAGUUAUAAACGACAACAACAAACUUCUAGCCAUCAAUGGCUUGUGUUCUCAUUAUAAUUUCCCAUUGGAAAAUGGUGUUUACGCAAAUGGUCGAAUUCGUUGUCCACUUCACGGUGCCUGUUUCAAUGUGAGAACUGGAGAUAUUGAAGAUUAUCCUGGUUUUGAUAGUCUUAAUUCAUAUCAAGUUUCGGAUGUUAAUGGUGAAAUUGUUAUCAAGACAACUGAAAAGAAAUUGGGAUCGGAUAGAAGAAUCAGAUAUGUUGCCAAGACGAAAAAAUGCGAUGAUCGACCAAUUAUUGUGAUUGGAGGUGGUGUGGCUGCUGCGACUUUUAUUGAGCAUUCGAGAUUGAAUGGAUUGGUUACACCGAUUUUGGUGAUUUCCGAGGAGAGUAUUACACCGUAUGAUCGGGUUUUGUUGAGCAAGGUGGGCAGGAGUUCUGAACAGGGAGAUCUAGAUUAUUUUUCGAGGGGUGAUCAAAGAGAAUAUCUGACCAGGUUUCCAGGUUGACCCGGCCCAAACUGAAACUUCAGAAUCGGUUUGGAACCCUGGAUCUGACUGACCGAUUGCUUAGAACUUUUAAGAUUUUAAAAUUUUUAACUUUAUGGAUUUUUCUGAAAAAAAUUCAGAAUUCAAAAGAUUCGAUUUUUUUCUAGAAAAUGUCUCAAAUCCAGAACUUCAACCAAGAAAACUUUUAAAAUCAACAAAAUAAUUUUUUGAAUUUAUCUUUCAAACCUUAUAAUGAUUAUGUUUUAUCUUUGAACUUCCAAAAUUCUGAUAACAAAAAAUUCUGAACAGCACGUACCCCCAGCAACUCACUGCAACUUCUUCUUCAGAACCCCGCCGCAACAUCUGACAAAAUCAAGCUUCGUCAAGAAGAUUUCUACACCGAUCGCAACGUCAAAUUCCACCUCAACACAUCAGUCACCGAAAUCAAACCAACUCGGAGAGAAGUUCUACUCUCAAACGGCGAAACAGUUUUCUAUUCAAAAUUGAUCAUCGCAACUGGUGGAAAUGUUCGAAAACUCGAAAUUCCUGGAGCUGAUCUUGAAAAUAUUCAUUAUGUUCGAAGAUUUGAGGAGGCAAAUCAGAUCGCUGAAAAACAUCUGGGCAGAAAUGUUGUGAUUACUGGCGCAUCCUUUAUUGGAAUGGAAAUGGCCUCAAGUCUUGCGGCUAACGCGAAAUCAGUCACUGUGAUUUCAAGUUCUCCUGAACCUCUUCCUGUUUUUGGAGCUGAUGUUGGAAAAGGUAUCAGACUGGUGAGUUUAUUCUAUUUGAUUCCCAUUAGAUCUCAUUAAAAGAACAAAGGUUUUAUAGAAAUUCGAAGAGAAAGGUGUGAAAUUCCAACUUGCGACAAGUGUAACUCAAGUGAAUGGCGAAGAUGGCCAAGUGAAAUCAGUCACCUUGGCGAAUGGCGAAACUAUUGAGGCUGAUCUUUUGGUGUGUGGAAUUGGUGUUACACCGGCUACCGAAUUUUUGAAACAUUCUGGAGUGAAGUUGGAUAAACGUGGAUUUAUUCUUGUUGAUGAGAAGUUCAGGGUGAGUGUGAAGAUUUUUUGUUGAAACCGAAGAAGUGGGAAAUUUAAAAUAAUCAGAUUAAAUUGAAUUAAUUAGAAAGGUCACAUUUGAAUUAGGAGAAGGUUAGAGAAUUUGUAGGAAAUCAGCGAAACAUGAUAAAAAAAUUGGAACUUUUUUUUAAAGGAUUUUUGGAUCCGAUUUUGAGAUUUCAAAAUGAAAAUAAUUUAGAUCUUCUGGGAAAAAUUUGAAUCUUAAAAUUAAAAAAAAAACAAUUUUGAUCCAAUUUUUUGAAACUUUUUGAAAUUCACAGAAAACCUUUUUGAUCAUUUUUUUUCACAAGAAUCUAGAAAUCUAAAAUUUUUCAUACUAAUUUUUGUCCAACUUCCAAUUGUCACCGAACCGGUUCUGGGUUAACCCUCUUCCUCCUCAAAAUCCCCCCAAUUUUCAGACAAACAUCAGUUACAUCUUCGCAAUCGGUGACGUCACCUCAUUCCCACUUCCACUAUGGGAUGUUGAAACAGUAAAUAUUCAACAUUUCCAAACUGCUCAACUUCAUGGACAAUAUUUGGGAUAUUCAAUUGUCGGAAAACCGCAUCCAGGGCCGAUUGUCCCAUUUUUCUGGACCCUGUUUUUCUUUGCUUUCGGUCUGAAAUUCACCGGAUAUUCACAGGAUUCCACGAAACAGUAUACACAUGGAGAAGCUGAAACUGGCAAUUUUGUCAGAUAUUUUUUGAAGUUAGUUGGCUAGAUUUGAAAUGUCUUCCUUCACAUCAAUUUCUAGACACUGUAUUUUCAUAUACCAAAAUUCUGAAACGUAAAAAAUUUCACUUUUUUUCAGAAAAGAUCGGGUAGUUGCUGUUGCUGGUGGUGGAGCACUUGCAAUUGCAGUUGUUGAAUUUGAAGAAAUUCUCAAACGAGGUAUCGAAGUGACAUUGAAGGAUUUGAAAAAGUUAGUUAAAGAAAAAACUUUUUUCAAAAAUUUUUAAAAUAUUUUUCAGUAGCAAUGAUCAUAAAUGGACGCAUUUACUUCUCGCCAAAUAA